GGUGCGGGGCGCGCGGCGGGAGGCGCGGGGCGGCACGGGGAGCCCCGGGGCGCUCCGCCGAGCGCGCCUGGGGCGGGCGCGGGGGCGGCGUCGCUCCCCCCAGCGCGGUCACAUGGUGACCCGCGGCAGCCAAUGCAGUGGACGCUAGGACCCUGCGGGCCCGGGCGCCCGGCCGCCCCGCGCCGCCGCGUUAUAAAUACUUGCCCAAAAUGCGGCGCAGCUCCCCGCGCGUCCCGCCCGCCGCCGCCCCGCGCCCCUGAGCAGCCGCCGCCGCCGCCGCCGCCGCCGGUCCGAGGGCGCCGCGCCCUUGCCCUGGGCCCGCGCCCUGCCCGCCCGGCCGCGUCCCCGCGCUGCGCCGCCCGCCGGGUGCAUGCAUUGUGGGCCUCCCGACAUGGUCUGCGAGACGAAGAUAGUGGCCGCCGACGAGCAUGAGGCGCUGCCGGGGGCCAAGAAGGACGCGCUGCUGGUCGCGGCCGGCGCCAUGUGGCCCCCGCUGCCCGCCGCGCCCCCGCCCGCGCCCGGCCCGCAGCCCCUCGGCGCGGGCGACGACGCGGGCGCGGGCGCCGCGGGGGCCGCGGGGGGCGCGGGCUCGGCCCGGGAGCGCGGCGUGCACAUCCGCGAGUUCCGCGCGGCCGAGCAGGACGCGGCGCGCCGCAUCUUCUACGACGGCAUCAUGGAGCGCAUCCCCAACACGGCCUUCCGCGGCCUGCGCCAGCACCCGCGCACGCAGCUGCUCUACGCCCUGCUGGCCGUACUCUGCUUCGCCCUGACCCGCUCGCUGCUGCUGACGAGCCUGGUGCCGCUGCUGCUGCUGGGCCUGCGCUACUACUACAGCCGCAAGGUGAUCCUGGCCUACCUGGACUGCGCGCUGCACACCGACAUGGCCGACAUCGAGCAGUGCUACAUGAAGCCCCCGGGGUCCUGCUUCUGGGUGGCUGUGCUGGACGGCAACGUGGUGGGCAUCGUGGCGGCGCGGGCGCACGAGGCAGACAACACGGUGGAGCUGCUCCGCAUGUCGGUGGACUCGCGUUUCCGGGGAAAGGGCAUUGCCAAGGCGCUGGGCCGUAAGGUGCUGGAGUUUGCCCUGCUGCACCACUACUCGGCCGUGGUCCUCGGCACCACAGCUGUCAAGGUCGCCGCCCACAAGCUCUACGAGUCUCUGGGCUUCAGACACAUGGGCUCGAGUGACCACUACGUGCUGCCCGGCAUGACCCUCUCGCUGGCCGAGCGCCUCUUCUUCCAGGUCCGCUACCACCGCUACCGCCUGCAGCUGCGCGAGGAGUGAGCGGCCGCCUGCCCGCCCGCCUGCCCGAGCUGCAGAAGCUCAGCCAUGCACCGGGCUGGCGUUUUCCUCUCCAGCACUACGCGGUUCUGGCUGGGUCUCAGCGUGCAGGGCUGCUGUCGCUCAUCUGGGACACUUGGGGGCGGGGGGUGGUUUGCAGCCUUGGCUCCCCUGCCCUGCCAGCUGGGGCCUCACCUGGAGAGGGGAAGCUGGGACCCAUGCGGCCUGGCCUCCAGCCUGCUGUCGCCAACGGGGAAGGCCCCUCGGUGCCCGCCCCAGCACGGAGCCUGGUCUGGGGGCGGCAGGGCAGCUGUGCGGGCCAGGCUGCUUAGCUCUGUGCAUGCCGAGGACCGGCUGGGCUGCAGCAUGCCGCAUGCCCACAGCCUCCCAGACUCGGCCGGGACUGGCUGCCCUCUGCAGGCACCUGCUGCCCCCCCUCGGCUUGGCUUUGACUUCGUCACCUUUCUUCCCUUUGGCCCCCGCCUGCCUGGUCCUCACCCAGGGGCGGAUCCCAUAGCAGCCGGUCAGCAGCCAGGGCGCCAGGGGAGCC